AACGCCAAUUUCAUAUGUACUGACAUGACAUGACACCACAUCACUAUUCCUCUCAAUUAAUGAAUCGUGCGUGGCCAUAAUUUAGUGUCAAACGAAAAUUCCUAAAAACAAAAAAAAUAUUUUAAUAAGUUUUAGCCACAAAAUACACGCAAUUCGCAAGAAUGCCGGUUGCUGAUGAAAUUCAGUCGUCUUGGGCUGACGAAGUCGAGAUAGAUCAGGGAGCACUUCCACCUCCAUCAGAGGUUGUUGAGAAUGGAUUGAAAAUUGUGACAGAAUACAAGUAUGACAAUGACAACAAGAAAGUGAAAAUUGUCCGAACUUAUAAAAUAGAAAAGCGUGUGGUCUCAAAGAGUAUCGCUAAACGCAAGACCUGGAGUAAAUUUGGUGACUCAGCUAAUGAUAAACCAGGUCCCAAUCCUGCCACUACCAAUGUGUCUGAAGAUGUUUACAUGCAGUUCAUUACAAGCAAGGAGGAGAGUCAACGCCCAGAUGAUGGUGAAUUAGAUGGACUCAAGCCUCAAACCAGCAGUGUGAUAUUCAAGUGCCGUACCUGCCAAGGCGACCACUGGACCCUCAGCUGCCCCUUCAUGCACUCUCAGCUGGCCCAAUCAAAAGCUAGCGAGGCAGCUAAAACUGCUGAUUCGAAAGCGGCGCCUACCAACAAAUACGUGGCACCGUUCAUGCGCGAAGGCGGCGCCGGUCGCGGCACGGGCCGGGAGCCGCCGGGCGCUCGCCGUGACGACGUCGCCGCCAUUCGUAUCUCCAACCUUAGCAACUUUGCCGUCGAGGCUGAUCUUGACGACCUUGUCAAGAGCUUUGGGCCAGUCCAGAAGUUGUACCUCGCUAAAGAGAAGAGUACUGGACACUGCAAAGGAUUUGCAUAUGUGCACUUUAAGUUUAGAGCUGAUGCUGCAAAAGCGAUUCAAACUUUGAACGGACAUGGAUAUGACCACUUGAUCCUGAAUGUCGAGUGGUCCAAGCCUCCACAAAACAACUAAAUCAAGAUACAUUUACAAGAAUUUCAUUGUAUUUACGAAAAUGUUUAUUAAAUAAAGGAAAAAAAAUA